CGGGAGACAGAGUGUAGGGACAGACAUCUGCUGGAGAGUGUGUAGCCACAGUCAGCUUCUUGAUCUGCCACAAAUUUAAACAAAUAAAAUCACUGCUGCAUCAAAAUGGAGAAUAAAGUCACCGAUUUCUCUGGAAAAUGGAAAAUGAAGUCUUCACAAAAUUUUGAGGAUCUUUUGAGAACUCUGGGUGUGAAUGUGUUCCUGAGGAAGAUCGCAGUGAAGGCCGCCUCCAGCCCAGCGGUGGAGAUCACCCAGCAGGGCGAGAGCCUGUCCAUCAAGACAUCCACCAGCGUCCGCACCACUAAUGUCUCCUUCACCGUGGGUCAGUCCUUCAAUGAGGCCACAGUGGAUGGACGUCCCUGCACGAGUUUUCCAAAGUGGGAAACAGAGAGCAAGAUCAGCUGCGAACAGACUUUACAGAAAGGCGACGGGCCCAAGACGGCGUGGACCCGAGAGCUGACCAAUGACGGAGAACUGAUACUGACAAUGACCGCCGGGGAUGUUGUCUGCACCAGAGUUUAUGAGAGAGAAUGAGGACAUUUUUCAAUAUCUUCAUACAAUACUGUUUUGUGUCUCAACCAUCACUUGCCUUUCCUUGCCUAGAUUUGCUCUUGUCGUCCUCACAGCCAGUCAGAUGUUGGAUCAGUCCACUGUGUAGAAAAGGCUUCAGUUUUAUUGAAUGUAUGUAGGUGUGAUUGCCUUUUAACACCAAAGCUCUUACAUAAAUGCCACAUAUUCCUUUUUUAAAAACAGCAUUACUGUGUCUGAAUCCAUUUUCAAGUUGUUAUUAAACUGUUUUAUAUGAA